AUGGAGCGAAACUUCUGCGCUCAGCCUGAGUUUGACUGGAGGGAUAAAUUCCGCAAGAUGCCUAGCGAGCACUGCGUCUCGCUCGAUCAACGAAUGGAUCCCGCGGUUGCAUGGAUAGCGGGGCUUCAUCGCUGGACGCCAGCCGUUCUUGCUUCGCGCUUUGGAGGCAUUGGUGCUGGUUUAGGUAGGAGGCUGCGCGCACGAAGCGUUUAUCGCGUUCGCUGGUACGCAGCUGCAUCGGAGUCGGAGCCGCGCCCGCAAGUCCCGAAACAGCGGAGCGGAAAACGUGCACCGUUUCCGCGCUCUGCUGACAGAGCGCCUUCGUUUCCAAAGCCCGAAACGGAGCUCACGGAACGGCAAUGGCGCCGCGGACCAGGUGCAAGGCCUCCUCGUCAGCGCGAUGUACUUUCACCGUUGCAGGAAAAACUGCAGAGCGGCCAUGACUUUCUCUAUGGACUGGCGCCGGUAUUCGCAGCGCUGAGCGCCCGUCGGCGAGCGCAUUUCUACGAGCUCUUUCUGCUGGAUAGGUUGGCAGUGUCUGUAGAGCAUCAAGAACAACAAUAUCCGGUCCCGCGAAGAGAAACGAAAAAAGCAGUGGAAGAGCAGAUUCUUCUCGCUGCGAAUCAGCAGGGAGUGAAGAUUCAGCGCGUCGAUAAAGGUACGCUGAACACCUUGUGCGGAAAUCGACCGCAUCAGGGCUUUGUCUUGGAGUGCUCUGCUCUGGAACCGGUACCGAUGGUAUCUCCGGAGGCAUUUGAGCCGAGGCCUCGGGUGUACUCGCCGACUAACGAGAACCAUGAACCGCGUCACCCGUGCUGGUUAGCACUUGACGAGGUCUGGGAUCCGCAAAACCUGGGAGCCCUGCUACGAUCUGCUUAUUUUUUCGGCUGUGAUGGCGUCAUGGUAUCGAGGAAGAACUCUGCUGGACUGACUGCGACGGUCAGCAAGGCAAGCAGUGGUGCCAUGGAGUUCAUGCAAGUGCACGCUGUCUCAAACAUGCCGCGAUUUCUAGAACAAGCCCAUCGUGUCCACGGAUGGCGCGUUCUGGGAACUGCUCUACCGACAUCUGGGAUGAUUUUGCAGACUCGUGAGCACUUGUCGGAUGGUGGUGGCGCUCCUCGACACGCGCAAGCAUCUCGCCCGGUAACGCCAUGUGCGGAGCUGGCGCUGCACACUCCGACGAUACUGGUGUUGGGCAAUGAGGGUCACGGCUUGCGCACCAAUGUGGAACGCGCAUGUACCGCAUUUGCUUUUAUCGAAAGAGGACUCGUUGCGGCUGAGGAUGCAGCGCUGGCCGCUGUAGACUCGCUGAAUGUUAGUGUGGCUGGAGCGAUUCUGCUGCAUCGCCUGUUGCAUGAUCGGGGAAUGCGGUGA